UCUCCUCCCAGCCCCGAGGCACAGCAAAGCCUGAGAACACCAACGAGAGGCUCCCAGCUCUGGGAAUGAGGUCAGGGAAAGGGAUAUAUAACUGGAGAGAGAAAACUGGGAGCAAGGGAGGGAAGGCUUUAAGACCUAUUUCUCAGGAUUUAGUGGGGAUGACAUCUGUAAGGAUGGGGAGGGAGAUGGAAAGAGGGCAUGGGACCUGGCCAGUGAUUUUAACCUCCUCCCCACAAAUCUCAAAUAAUCCUGGCUUUGAAACAAUGGGAGCGGGGGCAUGUGGGGGUGUAUAAGACCUAGCUCUCUGAUUGGGGCGAGAGAGUACCAGCUGGGGCUGCACUGGAGUUGGGGACCAUUCUUGCAGCAUUCAUCCGGGAGAAACAGCCCCUCGGAACAUCACCAGUGUGGAGGGGUCCAAGAGGUAGCUUUAACCCUCCCCCAAAUAAACAUCCGAGAUAAAUCAACCCAAAGCGCCCAUAAAAGUUCCCUAGCGCACCACCCCUUGCAGUCAGGUCGCCACUUCAAGCCCCCCUCCCCCACUACAGAGCCCUCAAGCCCUAGAAUGUCCCGCGAAAGGCCACGUGGCACCUUGGGGUUCUGGAGCCUUUGGCAAUAGGGCAGGGGAGCUCUCCUGCACCGCGCUCCUGGGCUGCGUGCCCUUCACCUCUAGGCAGGGGGCGCCUUGGCCCUAGAGAGACAACUUGCCCAGGGGCCGGCGCGGCGAGGCAUGCUCCUCCCCCGCCGGUUUCAGAUUUACGGAACAGAGCUUCCAGGCAGGACGCGCAGUAGUCUGACGGCCGCGAGGAUUCCAUUCCCCUGAUCCGGCCCGGCUUGACCCUGUCCGGGCGCGCCAUGUUCGCGCGUGGGUCCCGAAGGCGCCGCUCGGCGCGUGCGCACCCCAAGGACCUGGUGGGCUCCCCUCUUGUGUGAAUUAUGGGAAGGGAUUCUGAGGGCCAAAAGAUUGGAUCUCCCAGUCCUGGAUUAAACAGUGGCCUUUUGAGCUUCUAAGGGAAGGGACCGCCCCCUGUACCUUGGCUGAAGGUGAGCUGAAGAGUGAGGUGAUGCCAGAACAAUGAGGGUCAAGGGAUUGGGAUUUGGGGGGAAAGCUUCCAGGCUUUCACUUGAGCGAGGGAGUCUUUGAGUUCCUAGGUAGGAGGGUCUCACAGUCUCUCUCUUCCUUUGGAGGGGGUCUCUAGGUGGGAUCUGUGUUUGGUGGUGCAGAGGAGUGCAUAGACCUAGGGUAUGAGGAGUAAGGCUAAGGCUUCUUGGCGUUGGGGUUUCUGAAUGGAUGAGGGGCCUCCUGAGGUCCUGGAGGAGGGUGUCCAGUUCCUUGAGUAUGAAAGGGUGAGCUCGCGUUUGGGGGAGGGGUUGAUGUGUGACUCCCAUGUAAGGAUGGGGUCUUAGACUCCUACCCUGUGGAACUGGAGUGCUACUGGCCUCGUGGAGAAGGGGCCGAGAUGAGGCCUGGGGGAGACACCCAGAUUAGGGACUCUGUGCUCUGAGUAGGGAAAGUACUGAGUUCUGGGGGAGGUGUUUGAUGCCUGGAGGAGUCAGAGGCUGGGGGGUGUCCAGGCUGGGUGGGGGGAGAGUCUGAGGCUGGCCUGGGGAAGAGAAUCCCCUGAUAAGGGGGCAUAUAGGGAGGUGGCCUCAGUUCCCCCGCCUCUACCACUGUUGUGUCCCCCACUCCCCCACCCCCGCGCUCCGGGCGUUGUCCCAGCCUGCCCAGCGCUACCCUGGUGGGACAGGCCCCAGCGUGCGGUCGCAGGCCUUGGAGUGGAGAGGCAGGCGUUGACUUCUCCCUCCCCGCCUCUGCGCCUCGCCUGGUCCCGCGUCUGCCCCCGCCCACUACAGCCUCCAGGGGCAGAGGACCCAGACCGCGGUCAGCCCUGCAACUCCUGCAGGGAGCAGUGCCCCGGCUUCCUGCUGCAUGGCUGGAGAAAGAUCUGCCAGCACUGCAAAUGCCCGCGGGAGGAGCAUGCUGUGCACGCGGUGCCUGUGGACCUGGAACGCAUCAUGUGUCGGCUAAUCUCAGACUUCCAGCGCCACUCCAUCUCUGAUGAUGACUCGGGCUGUGCCUCAGAGGAGUAUGCCUGGGUGCCCCCUGGUCUCAAGCCAGAGCAGGUAUACCAAUUUUUCAGCUGCCUCCCAGAGGACAAGGUCCCCUACGUCAACAGUCCCGGGGAGAAAUACAGGAUCAAGCAGCUGCUCCAUCAGCUGCCCCCACACGACAGUGAGGCACAGUACUGCACAGCACUGGAAGAGGAGGAGAAAAAAGAGCUCAGAGCCUUCAGCCAGCAGCGCAAACGGGAGAAUCUGGGGCGUGGCACUGUGCGCAUCUUCCCAGUGACCAUUACUGGGGCCAUCUGUGAAGAGUGCGGGAAGCAGAUUGGAGGCGGAGAUAUUGCAGUGUUUGCCAGCCGCGCAGGCCUGGGUGCCUGCUGGCACCCCCAGUGCUUUGUGUGUUCCACAUGCCGGGAGCUGCUGGUGGACCUCAUCUACUUCUACCAUGCUGGCAAGGUCUACUGUGGUCGCCACCAUGCCGAGCGCCUGCGCCCACGCUGCCAAGCCUGUGAUGAGAUCAUCUUCUCUCCUGAGUGCACGGAGGCCGAGGGCCGGCACUGGCACAUGGGUCACUUCUGCUGCUUCGAGUGUGAAGCAUCGCUAGGAGGGCAGCGCUAUGUCAUGCGUCAGAGCCGCCCCCACUGCUGUGCCUGCUACGAGGCUCGUCACGCGGAAUACUGUGAUGGCUGUGGGGAGCACAUUGGCCUGGAUCAGGGCCAGAUGGCUUAUGAGGGCCAGCAUUGGCAUGCCUCAGACCGCUGCUUCUGCUGUAGUCGCUGCGGGCGAGCCCUACUGGGCCGCCCCUUCCUGCCACGCCGUGGCCUAAUCUUCUGCUCGCGAGCCUGCAGCCUGGGGUCCGAGCCCACGGCUCCGGGGCCGGGCCGCCGCAGCUGGAGCGCGGGUACAGUCCCCCCACCACUCGCAGCCUCCACAGCCUCUUUCUCUGCUGUGGAGGGGGCAUCUGAGACCUCCACCAAAGGCUCCAGCACCGAGUCAGCGCCUGCUGCAGGCGAGGAGCCCACCCGCUUUCUGAGAGGGGCCCCUCACCGCCACUCCAUGCCCGAGCUGGGGCUCCGCAACGCCUCUGAGCCACCCCCAGGGACCUCGGGCCAGCCGGACCCAGAAGAUGGUGCCUUCGGUCGUCAGAGCGCCCCGCGUGUCAGCUUCCGGGAUCCCCUGGUGUGUGAGGGAGGCCCGCGGCGGACCCUGAGUGCACCCCCAGCCCAGCGCCGCAGGCCUCGCAGCCCCCCUCCCAGGGCCCCCACAUGUCAGCGCCGCCGCCGCUGCCACCAUCGCCGCCGAGGUCGCCACCAUCAGUGUGACUUGGGAUCAGGGUCGGACUCAGAAUCUUGCUCCAGCUUGCCCUCCAGCUCUAGUUCAGAUUCCUCAGAGGAUGAUGGCUUCUUCCUAGGGGAACGCAUCCCACUGCCCCCGCACCUGUGCAGGCCAGUGCCUGCUCAGGACACUGUAACAGAGAAUCCCAACUCCCCAUCUCCACCGCCCCAUGUGAGCUCAUGCCCAGGGAUGCCUCGCCAGUCCAGAGACAAGAACUGCAUCGUGGCCUGAAGGCGAAGCAGUCCUGGGGAGGGGGAGCUCCAUUCUCAAGUCAGCGUAGCUGGUGACCUAUCCCUCAACAUAAGUCAUAAAUCCCCUUCCUUACUCCCUCCUUUGUUUGUACUAUUGAAGUAAUUUAACAUAUGGUGUAAAACAGGCCUGGUGGCCUUUCUCCAGCUGCCCCCACUUCCCAAUUUUUCCCCUCCUGAUGCUUGAGAUUUAUUCACAUUUGAUCAAAAGAUUAAUUUAUUCAUUAUA